AUGACCGCUAUCUUUACAUUUACACUAUUAAUAUUAUUUCAGAUCUCUUUUGGAGAGGAAUUGAACGAAGAGAAACGCCUCCUUCUUAGUGAUCCACAACAGAUUCAGUCUGAAAUCCACGCCUUGCAACAAGAAGUGGAACAUUUCAAAGUCUUGGCAGCAGAGUUCCAGGCCCAAAAACAAGAAAACCAAGCCCUCAAAGCAGAGGUGGCGGAUCUUAAACAAACAUUUGGACUACAAGAGGCGGAUCUAAAUCAAAGGUUUGGACUGCUGGAAUCUAGCUCUCAGAAGUCUGGUUCAAUAUAUAUUAGAUGGGGAAAACACAGUUGUCCGAAAUUGAAUGGAACGGAAUUGGUCUAUGAAGGAACAGCAGGAGGUAGCUAUUAUACAGAGACUGGUAAUGGUGCUAAUACUUUAUGUCUCCCACAUGACCCUGAAUUGCUACCGGAUCAUUUCACACUUAAAAGUGAUGGUGGUCACUUCAGCCACAUCUACGGCGGUGAAUAUCAGUUUAGCUUAGGCAAGGUCGUCGUGCAAGACGAUGUUCCUUGUUCUGUCUGUCGAGUCAAAAUGGCGACUUCAUCGAUGAUGAUUCCCGCCAAACGAUCGUGUUCAAUUGGAUGGUCUAAGCAGUAUUCUGGUCUUCUGACAGCCAAUACUUAUUAUGCCAAUAAAAACGAGUAUCUCUGUGUAGAUGAGGACCCAGACUUCAUUGAGAGAUCUCGACAAAAUGAGAAUGGUAGACUCUUUUAUCCCGUGAAGACAAUCUGUGGCACUCUACCGUGUCCACCAUAUAAGAAUGCGACAUUGGUGUCGUGCGUUCUUUGUACAAUGUAAUUAUUAUUAAUUUCAGCUAUAAAUACAUGUAUGCACAUUAAUAUAUUUUAAAAAAUGAUGCGAUGCAUGAGCUGGAUGCGCAUUGUAUGUGUAAUAAU